AAAAAUACCUAUGUUGCUAUUGCCGGCGGUCUUUUUGUUGUUUUAUCUAACAAAUGUAUUAAUAUAAUUUAUACUUUAAUACUAUAUAAUAUAAAUCAAAAUAUAGUCUAUUAAUCAAUCAUUCAUAAAUAAUUUUCAAAUACUCUAAACUAAACAAGUUUUAUAUCAAGAUGACCAUGCCGAAAGCUGAAAGGGAUUUACAUCUGCCUUUAUCAAGAGUAAAGACUAUUAUGAAAAGUUCUCCAGACGUGGAAGCAGUAGGUCCAGAACCGCUGUAUUUAGUGACUAAAGUUACAGAAUUAUUUGUCACAGAUCUAGCCAAAAGGGCGCACCAAAAAACAAAAGGAAAUUUACUAGAGUACAAACACAUAGCCGAAAUUGUUCAAGAUGAUGACACCUUAGACUUUCUCCGUGAGAUUAUGCCAAAAAAAAUUACAGUGCGGCAGUUCAAGGAAAUCAUGGCAAGGAAAGCCGCUAAAAAUAACCGCUCCGACGAUGAGUCCAGCGAAGAAGAAUCAAGUGAAGAAGACAGUACAGAGGAAAGCAGCAGUGAUAAUAAUGCAGACUGAAAAAUAUAAUUGUAAUUUUAGUUUUAUAUAAAUAGGCAUAAGGUGUAACCAAAUUAUCUGCUAUAAUGUCUCUGAUCAGCGGACAGUUGACUGGUAGAGAAUGCCAUCAGACAUUACGUCUGCCAUGUGUAUAAUUUUGUGUGUAAAAGAAUAAAUAAAUAAUAAAUCAAAAUUGAGAACCAAUCAAUGCCAUCUAGUCCCAAGCUAUACUAGAGUAAUGACAUUUUUUGUAAAUAUAAUCCACAUGGCUGACAAUCAUACUCUUAGAGCAUAGUGUUAUUCAUUC